AUGGAUAGAGACAGGAAGAAAGUGAAAAUGGAGAAGGAGGAAGACGAGGAAGAAAAGAUGGAAAAGAUGUACACAUUUCUUAAAAACGCAAGGGAAAUGCGGAAAUACGUGAUCAGCUCCAUUGAGAAGACGAGACAGGAAGAAGAAAGAGCGAGGGUUUGUAGAUUCCCUUCGUUUCAGCCUGAGGAUUUCGUUUUCAUGAAUGGAGCAGAGGCCAAGAACAAAGAAAAAGCAGCUGAUAUAAGCUCUUCAGCAUCCAACGAGUACGGCUCUAAGGAACAGCAAGACGGAUCAGAGACUGACGUUUGUUUAGACUUGAAUCUUUCUCUGUAGUACACAAGAGACAGAGAUCUCUUCAA